ACAUCUUUACUUCCACGGAGAAGGGUGCGGACACAUGGCCUGGAUGCAGGUGCACAUCCAGCAGGUGGUCUGCUCAGAUUUAUAACCUCUGACACCCGUGACCUGUCCCUUACUGUUGAUUGGAGCUCAGGCGCACAGUCUUUCACGAUUGGCUAAUACAAAGGGAGGGGUUGGGCCCUGCUGUUUCAAGAUGGGGGCCCCCAGGGGAGCUGCAAGUCAUGCAGCCAACAUGGCCGCUGCCAAGUCACACAGUCCAACAUGGCGUCCUUCUCAACUGUUCUUUGACAGAAAAGAUGAUUUGUUUCUUCUCAUACAGGGCUGGGUGACCUUUGAGGACGUGGCCGUGUUCUUCUCCUCGGAGGAGUGGGAGCUCCUUGAUGAGGCUCAGAGACGCCUGUACCAUGAUGUGAUGAUGGAGACCUUGGCCCUGAUGGCCUCCCUGGGUUGUUGGCAUGGAGCCCAGAACGAGGAGGCCCCGUCUGAGCUCAGCAGUUCUUUACAAGGAGUCUCACAGGUCAAGACCUGCAAGGCAGGUGUGUCUCCCCCGGAGGCCCAUCCUUGUGAGCUGUGCGGUGUGGACGUGAGAGACAGUUUGCACUUCACUGGGCACCAUGGGCAGACACUGUACAAGACGGGGGCCUGUGAGGAACAGUCGGAUGUUAGCGCGGAACUUGAGCAUCAGAAGCAGCACACGGGAGAGGUGUGCUUCAGAGGCCGCAUGGACAGAGCCUCCUUUGGAAAGGACUGCAGAUUCUGUGUGUCCGGGCAGCCCGAUUCCUGUGAGGCGGUUGUGAGGGACUUCCUGGCCAGCUCAAGAUUCCUCCAGCAUCAGGCCGCACACACCAGGGAGAAGUCAAACCGGGGAACUGAGUGCGGAACAGCCUCUCAUAAGGAAAGAACUCUGUCUGACCCAGAAUACACUAAAGAUUUUAAUUGCAAACACAAGCUUGUUCAGCACCAGAGAGUCCUCACCCAAGAAACAUGCCACGUGAGCAAUGAAUGUGGAAAAUCUUACAGCAAAAGCUAUAGUCUGAAUGACCAUUGGAGAGUUCACACUGGGGAAAAGCCUUAUGAGUGUGGGGAAUGUGGGAAGUCCUUUAGGCAAAGCUCUAGCCUCAUUCAACACCGGAGAGUUCACGCCAGAGCGGAGACUCACAGGUGUGAGUUAUGUGGAAAAUUAUUUAGCAACAAGUCCAACCUCAUUAAACAUCGAAGAGUUCACACUGGAGAAAGGCCUUAUGAGUGUGGGGAAUGUGGGAAGUCCUUUAGCCAAAGCUCUGCACUCCUUCAACACCGGAGUGUUCACACAGGAGAAAAGCCAUAUGAGUGCAGUGAAUGUGGGAAGUUCUUUACCUACAACUCCAGUCUCAUAAAACACCAGAGGGUUCACUCUGGGUCCAGGCCCUAUGCCUGCAAUGAAUGUGGAAAAUCCUUUACUCUAAAGUCUCGCCUGAUUGAUCACUCCAGAGUUCAUAGUGGAGAAAAGCCUUAUAAGUGCAACGAAUGCGGGAAAUGUUUUAGCCAAAGCUCUGUGCUUCUUGAGCAUCAGAGAAUUCACACUGGAGAAAGGCCUUAUGAGUGCAGUGAAUGUGGGAAAUUCUUUACUCACAAUUCUAGUUUCUUAAAACACCAGAGAGUUCACACAGGGGAAAGGCCUUAUGAGUGCAGUGAAUGUGGGAAAUGCUUUACUUACAGCUAUACACUCAUCAAACACAGGAGAAUUCACACAGGAGAAAGGCCUUAUGAGUGUAGCCAAUGUGGGAAAUCUUUUAGCCAAAGCUCUGCACUUUUUCAGCAUCAGAGAGUUCACACAGGGGAAAGGCCUUAUGAGUGCAGUGAAUGUGGGAAAUUCUUUACUUACAGCUCCAGUCUCAUCAAACACAUAAGAAUUCACACUGGAGAAAGGCCUUAUGAGUGUAGCCAAUGUGGGAAAUCUUUCAGCCAAAGCUCUGCACUUUUUCAGCAUCAGAGAAUUCACACUGGGGAAAGGCCUUAUGAGUGCAGUGAAUGUGGAAAAUGCUUUACUUACAGCUCUAGUCUCUUAAAACACAGAGUUCACACCAGAGAAAGGCCUUAUGAGUGUGGUGAAUGUGGGAUAUCUUUUAGGCAUAGUUCGAACCUCAUUAAACAUCAAAGAUUUGCCCUAGCUGGUUUGGCUCAGUGGAUAGAGCUUCGGCCAGUGGACUGAAGUGUCCCAGGUUAAUUCUGG